UUUGGCUGAGGCGCCCUAGGCUAUAACAGAGUCUACUCUAUAUCUGUCGAUCCAUAAAACAAUUACAUUCUCCACCGAAUCGAAGACAAAAAACAGAUAACAGCAAAUCAAUGGCUCCAACAAUAGCCGCUGCUGGUCCCAAUUCCAUAGCAAAGAAAGAAGAGGAAGAAGAGUUGAGGAAGAGAAACCAGGAGUUGGAGAGGGAGUUGAAGGAGAGCAGGGAAAGGGAAGAGCAGAUGAGAAAGGAGUUACAAAAGACAUGGGAAAGGCUAAGGGUGGCGGAAGAGGCAGAGGAAAGGCUCUGUUCUCAGCUGGGAGAGCUAGAAGCAGAGUCCGUCAACGAGGCCCGUGCUUACAACGCCCACAUCCUCUCCCUCAUGGACCAGCUCUCCAAGGCUAACCUUCUCGUCCACAACCACCGCUCCUCUGCACCUAUCUCCAUCCUCUGAUCUAUGUUUUCUUUUUUCCCAAUUGUUUUCUAGUAGUAUAUAUUUUUGGCUUCUGCUUUUGCUUGAUGUUUUAUGUAACAAAGGCGUGAGGCUUGUGUAGUUUUAGUUUGUUUGUAAUUAGGGAGUGAUUUUGAACUGUGAUUUCUUUGAGGGAUGAUGUAGAGGGCCGGAGCGGGUUUACCAUAGUCAUUUAUUUCAGUUGCUGCCAUUGCAAUGAAAGGUCAAGGAGGAGGAGGAGGAGUCUAGCCUGACCCUUGAUUCCAUAAGGGACCUAUGCAGUCUGAACCGUCGAAUUUGAAGCAGAGUCGUGGUUCUUUACUUCUUCCUUCUGAAAGAUUAUUCUAAUUCCGAGCUUUGGAUUCUCAGAACAUUUUUUGGUUUCUUUUUUCACGUUCAUCAAAUGAACUAAUUAACCAGCUAUCGUAUAAAGUUGAAGAUUCGUAUAAAAUUAAUGGACUUUGAAUA